AUGAACGCCCUCUACGCCAUCGGCUCCAACGGCUCCGGCCAGCUCGGCAUCACCCACAAAGAAGACGUCUCCGUCCCCAAGCCCGCCGUCUUCCACCCAGACCAACACCCGCCCUCGCGCAUCGUCAAGGUCGCCGCCGGCGGGAACCACACGCUCCUCCUCACAGAAGUAGGCAAGCUCUACUGGAGCGGAGAUCCAGCCAGCGGUGCCUGUGGCCUGCGUCCGUAUCCAAACAUUCCCGUGUUUCUGGAGGCCAGGCUAGCAAAGGAUGAGCAGGUGGGAGACAUUGCUCUCGUGGCGGCUACGUGGGAAGCUUCCAUUGUUGUGUCUAGGGAUGAAGGGGGAAAGCGAACAAAGGUGUUUGCUUUUGGGAUUGGACAAAAGGGGGAGCUGGGUCUGGGCGAGUUGAUUGUGCGGACACCUUCGGCUACGAGAAUCAAGGAUUUCCCACCUCCUGGCACGGAGGUUGUCGACUUGUCUGCGUGCAUGGGGCAUGUCGUCGCUGUGCUUGACAAUGGCGAGGUCUACGGCUGGGGAAACUGCCGCAAGUCGCAGAUCGGCGAGCCCGCCGCGGUCGUCUUUGCGCCCCGUAAGGUCGAGGGCAUCAACUUCAAGGCCGUCAGAGCCGUCUGUGCCAAAGAAGCUACGUGCAUCUUUGGAGAGUCAGGGAGCGGAAGCAUGCAAGUGUUGGGCUCGGAUAAAUGGGGUCUGGUAUCACAGGCCCCUUCAGCUGCCCCUGCGUGGAAAGACGUUGGAGCGAGCUGGGGGAACUUUUACAUCCUGGGUCAAGAUGGAAGCUUGACGGCCUGGGGCCGAGAUGACCAUGGCCAGCUUCCUCCGCCAAACCUCCCUCAUCUUAAACAAAUAGCCAUUGGCAGCGAGCACGUCGUAGCGCUUACAGUGGACGGGGACGUUCUGUCAUGGGGCUGGGGAGAGCACGGCAACUGCGGACCAAAGGUGGACAACAACGACGUAAAGGGGAGAUGGAACGUGAUUGCAUCGUCAAAGCUCAUCCCCCCUGAGAGCAAGAUAGACAACAUAGGCGCCGGUUGUGCCACUAGCUGGAUAUGCAUUACAUCCCGCUGA